AUGGCAAAAGGCGGAAAUUCACAUAGGAACACAUUAAAGAACGACCAUAAACCAUUCAAGUCAAAACAUGCAACCAAAGGACAAUUAAAGAAUCAAUUCAAGGGUAAAGUUGAGAAAACCUCAUCUUCGGGUUCAUCCUCAAAACCUUUGAAUAAAGUAGCAAGAAAGAAUUUGGCAAAGCAAUUGAAGGAACAUAAAAUCUUGGAAACAAAGCUUACAAAAAAGUUAUUUGAAGGAAACUCUGGUGCCCAAAAAGUGAUUACCAUCAUUUGUUUGACUAAUGAUUUAUCGCCAAUUGGAAUAGCAGAUCAAUUGUUCAGCCAGGAUGAACAAAAGUUUAAGUUUGAGUACCCCAGUGUCACCGACAUCAACAUUAGCAAAUUCAAAUCAAACUUGAAGAUUAUACUUCCAAAUCAGGAAAAUAUAUUGCAAAUACUAGAUGCUGCUAAAGUAUCCGAUUUCGUAGUUUUCGGAAUAUCGGCGAAGCAAGAAGUUGAGCAAGGCUAUGGAGAGACAAUACUACGUGCGUUAUUAGCUCAAGGUAUUGGGUCAGUAGUUGGGGUGUUGCCAAAUGUUGUAUCAGCGUAUCCCAAAAGAAACCUUCAAUUAGACAUUAAGCAAUCUUUGCAAUCAUUUUUCAAACACUUUUUCCCCGCUGAAGAUAAAUUGUAUGCAUUGGAACUGGAUUCUGAUAAUGCAAACUGUCUAAGGUACAUUUGUCAAAAGUUUCCUCAACUGGUGACGUGGAGAGAUUCAAGAGGAUGGUUAAUUGCCGAUAAACUCUAUAGUGACGAAGGGUAUGAAGGUAUAGUCAUUGAAGGAACUUGCCGUGGAGCUGGGUUUAAUGUCAAUAGGUUGGUGCACAUACCAGGUUACGGUGAUUUUCAAGUUGACAAGAUUGAAAAAUUGAACAAAAACGCAGCAAAGAGUCGUAAUGAAAUGCAAAUUGACGAUGUUAUUGAACAAACGUACUUGCCCGAUGCAAGUCAAGACAUUUUGGACGAAUUGAAUCCUGACUUUCAAGAAGUACAAGAUGAUGAUGCCGAUAUGUGGUAUGAUGACCUUGAAGAUGAUGAUUUGGGCGUUCGGUCCGAAGGUAAGUUAUAUUUUAAUGAUGAUGGAAUAAGCAAGAGCAAAUUGAACAAAAAAGUGCCUAAGGGAGCUUCUGAAUAUCAAAGUAGGUGGUUUGUCGAUGACGUGUUGGACGAAGAUGCAUCCGAUUUGGAAGAAUUGGAAGACAAUGAUGGGGAUGCCGAAGAGGCUAUGGAUGAUAAUCAGGAAAUUGUGGAUGACACAAUCACGGAGUAUGCUGAAUCUGAUAUGCACAUUGAUUUAUCACCGGAAGAAGAACAACGCCAAUUGGAGGAGUAUCGCAAUGCUGCUGCUCACGAAGACUUGGAAUUCCCUGAUGAGAUUGAGUUACAUCCUAACGAGUCGGCAAAAGAAAGGCUUAAGGGUUAUAGAGGUGUCAAAUCUUUAGCAAAUUGUGAGUGGGAUGUUGAUGAGCAAGAUUUGGAGAAACCAAGUAUUUGGAAUCGUUUAUUACGUGUUGCAAAUUUCAAAGCUACUAGAAACAAGCUUAACAAAGAUUUCAUAAAAAAUGUUCAAGCACAGCCUGGAAGCAGUAUCAAAUUAUUCAUAAGAGCACCUAAGUUUAUUCUCGAGCAGGUCAACACCACUUCUAAACCAUUUGUGGUUUACGAUUUACUCGAGCAUGAACAUAAGUUAGCUGUGACGAAUUUCUCUUUUGAAAACUGGGAAGAUUAUGAAACACCGAUUAAGAAUAAAGAUACAAUCGUUGUUCAGUAUGGUCCCCGUCGACAGAUUAUAAACCCAGUAUUCAACCAAGCUUCAAAUAAUAGCAACAAUGUACACAAACAAGAAAAUUUCCAACAUCCAGGAAUGAUGACAAUAGCCACAGCCAUAGCACCGGCGUUAUUCACCAAUUCGCCAGUUAUUUUUUUCAAGUCCGGCGAAAAUGGCUCGAUACAAUUCAUUGGGAAAGGCUCUUACUUGGGAUGCGAUCAUACUCGUAUUGUUGCUGAACGUAUUGUACUAACUGGUCACCCAGUCAAGAUCCACAAACGUGUGGUGACUGUUCGUUAUAUGUUUUUCAAUCCUGAAGAUAUCAACUAUUUCAAAGCAAUUGGACUUUUUACAAAGUCGGGCCGACUGGGAUUUAUUAAGGAGAGUUUAGGUACCCAUGGUUACUUCAAGGCUAAUUUCGAUGGUAAAUUGACAUCACAGGAUGUAGUGGCCAUGAGUAUGUACAAACGAGUGUGGCCAGAAAUGUCUAGUUUGUAUACUGAAUAA